AUGAAGGCGCUCAUCCUCGUGGGAGGCUUUGGAACUCGGCUGCGGCCGUUGACUCUCAGCGUCCCCAAGCCACUCGUCGAUUUUGCCAACAAGCCCAUGAUCCUCCACCAGGUACCCAUUACUCGGAAAUAAGAGAACGCCCCCCCAUUCCCCCUCAUUUUCAAUUCCUGGAUCCGCCGUUGACGAAGCGGGAAGCCAAUGAUCCUGUGUGGACACUAGCAUUGGCUAUAAUACUUUAAUGACUUCUUCCCCGCAUUGAUGACCAGAUCGAAGCCCUCAAAGAAAUCGGAGUCACUGAGGUUGUCCUAGCGAUCAACUAUCAACCAGAGGUAAAAAUGGGGAUGAGUCUCCUUCUAUUCCUCGUCUUGUAGCGGCAUCGCUUACCAGGAAGCCAUGGUUGCUGCAGGUGAUGCUCAACUUCCUGAAGGAGUACGAAGCUAAGCUUGGCAUGAAGAUCACAUGCUCUCAGGAGACGGAGCCGCUAGGGACUGCCGGGCCUCUGGCUCUAGCGAGACACAAGCUAAUCGAUGACUCCGGCGAGCCGUUCUUCGUCCUCAACAGCGACGUCAUAAGCGAGUACCCACUGGCCGAGAUGAUCCAGUUUCAUAAAUCCCACGGCGGAGAGGCUUCCAUCAUGGUGACCAAGGUAAAGAAAAAAAACCCCGGUCACACACCAUGCCCUAAAUUAACCCAAGUCCACCCCUCUCCUCCUGCAGUUCUUCUCACGAUCCUGCUUUUCCUUCUCGCUCAGGUCAACGAGCCUUCAAAAUACGGGGUCGUCGUCAUGGACGAGGAAACCGGGAAGGUGGAGAAGUUCGUGGAGAAACCAAAGAUCUUCGUGGGCAAUAAGAUAAACGCCGGCAUCUACCUCCUGAACCCCUCGGUUCUCGACCGGAUCCAGCUGAGACCCACCUCGAUCGAGAAGGAGGUCUUCCCCAGGAUAGCCGCCGAGCAGAAGCUGCACGCGAUGGUUCUCCCCGGAUUCUGGAUGGACAUCGGCCAGCCCAGGGACUACAUCACCGGGCUCCGCCUGUACCUCGACUCUCUACGGAAGAGGUCCCCCUCGAGCCUCGCCGCAGGGCCCCACAUUGUCGGCAACGUCCUGGUUCACGAGAGCGCCACCAUCGGGGAGGGCUGCCUGGUCGGACCCGACGUGGCCAUCGGGCCCGGGUGCGUGGUUGAGCCCGGGGUGCGUCUCUCCCGAUGCACCGUCAUGCGCGGAGUUCGCAUCAAGAAGCACGCCUGCAUCUCGGGGAGCAUCAUCGGCUGGCACUCCACCGUCGGCUGCUGGGCCCGGGUGGAGAACAUGACCAUCCUCGGAGAGGACGUCCACGUCGGCGACGAGAUCUACAGCAACGGCGGCGUGGUGCUUCCCCACAAGGAGAUCAAGUCCAGCAUAGUCAAACCCGAGAUCGUCAUGUGA